GCGAGAUCAGCAGACGUCGGCAUGGCGGUCCUCCUUGAAACGACGUUGGGCGAUAUUGUCAUUGAUUUAUUCACCGAAGAGAGGCCGAAAACUUGCCUCAACUUUCUGAAAUUAUGCAAGAUAAAAUACUACAACUACUGCCUUAUCCACAAUGUACAGAGAGACUUCAUCGUCCAAACUGGUGACCCCACUGGUACAGGUCGUGGUGGAGAGUCAGUCUACUGCAAAUUGUACGGGGAUCAGGCCCGCUUUUUCGAUGCAGAGAAAGCACCGCGUAUUAAACACAGAAAAAAGGGGACGGUGUCAAUGGUUAACAACGGGAGUGACCAGCAUGGUUCACAGUUCCUCAUUACCACUGUCGAGAACCUGGAUUACCUGGAUGGCGUCCAUACUGUCUUUGGUGAGGUUUCGGAGGGUUUGGACGUCUUGGCUAAAAUCAAUGAGACUUUUGUCGAUACAGACUUCAUCCCUUUUCAGGACAUUAGGAUAAACCACACUGUGAUCCUUGAUGACCCCUUUGACGACCCCCCUGAUCUACCAGUGCCUGAUCGAUCCCCUGAUCCCACCCUUGAGCAGCUAGAUAGUGGCCGGAUCGGAGCAGAUGAAGUCAUAGACGAUGCAGACGGGAAAGCAGCUGAGGAAGUGGAAGAGAGACUAAAUGCAAAAGAAGCCAAAACUCGUGCCAUCCUCCUGGAAAUGGUGGGCGACCUCCCCGAUGCAGACAUAAAGCCUCCAGAGAACGUGCUGUUUGUAUGCAAACUGAACCCGGUCACCACCGACGAGGACCUCGAAAUAAUCUUUUCCCGCUUUGGACACAUUAAAAGUUGCGAGAUCAUUAGAGACUGGAAGAGCGGAGACUCCCUCUGCUACGCUUUCAUUGAAUUCGAAAAGCAAGAAGACUGCGAAAAGGCCUAUUUCAAGAUGGAUAACGUGCUCAUCGACGACAGACGCAUUCAUGUGGACUUCAGCCAGUCGGUGUCAAAGAUCAAAUGGAAAGGAAAAGGUGGGAAGUACACCAAAGAGGACUUCAAAGCCUACGAGAUUGACUUGGAGAAGCGAUCCAAGUUGGCACUGAAGGAUCAAGUAAAGCCCAAACAAGAUUCCAGAUACGAUCUGCUCAUGGAGGAGGAGGAGUCGACAGGCCAUCGACGCUCUGAGAAAAAACACAAAGAGAAGAGACAUCAUCAUAACGGUCAGUCAGAUGACGAGGAAGAGAGCAGGAAGUCCAAAAAACACAAGGACAGCGAGGACAGACGUCGAGACAGGACGACCGGCCGCCAGCGCUCACGCUCCAGAGACAGGGACCACAAACACAAGUCUUGGGACAAAUAUGGGCGAGAUAGCCGAGACCGAGGUCGCAGAAGUCGCAGCCACUCGCCCAGGAAGUCUAAGACGGACAAAGACAGAAGCAGAUACAGGGCACUGAAUCGAUCGCAACUGGACUUCAGGUUUCACCUCUCUUUAUUACUUCGGUCCUGAGAUGGCUUUUUGUUUGUAAACAAUAUAUAAAUGUAACAAUAUGAACAACACAACAAAUAAAGAUACUGUACGUGUGAUAAUAAACAUAGAAGACAACUGAAAACUAUUGAUGUCAUCACACUAGUAUCAAUCCGAUACGGAUAUACUGUGUCAUACACUGCUAAACUAUGCGGUUGUUUCGGGCCACAGCCACUAGGGGGUGCCACAUUCAAAUCAAUUUAGCUGUACAUAAAGCGUCAUUUGAUUGGUUCAGUUUUAUUAGCAACGUGUAACACCAAACCCGACUAAUAUUAAAGACCAAAUGGGCCCUCAAAGAACUUUUAGGAGAUUCAUUGGGGUUUGUGGUUUAUUCUUUAUUUAAUCCUAUUUAUUACUCCAAAUAUUUAUUUGUUAGUUCAGUUGCUUUAAUUUCUUUAUUCUGUAGCGUGUGUUUGUGUAGUAGUAGUAGUAGUAGUAGUAGUAGUACUAGUAUGUGCCAUGUGGUAGACCACAAACAAAAUGUUUGGCACUGUGUCCAAUCUUUUUCCAGCGAGGGCCACAUAGUGAAAAAUGAAAGAUUACAAGGGCCACUUGAAUAUUUUGUAAAGCAAGCCAGGUAGAUAUACUAACAACUUAUAUAUAUUUCAAGAAAAAGCUCUAUUAUUACUAUCAACUUCACUCUGCUCUCUUUUUAAAUUGUAUUGUUUUAUUUUUAUUUUUUUAAAUGUUCCAAAUAUUCAUCUUUUUUCUUGAAUAAUCUUCCGAAAUGUUUCUUUGUCAACUUUCUUUGUGUAAAUUUUCUUCUCGUAGUUAUAAUUUUAUUCCCAUAAUAUUUUGACUU